CUCCGAGCUGUGUGUUUUCAUUGCAUUUUGCGGCUUUUUUUUCUUCCUUCGUUUUCCGUUUGAGCCGACCCGACCCGACCCCACUCUUCUGCCAAUCCCGCUGUUGUUGAUUCGUCAUUGUUAAACUCUCCCCCCCCCACUUCCAAGAGUUUUUUCCAAUGAACACGAGCGAGUUUGUUGCCGGCACGCUCGGCGGCGGCGCUGGCAUUGCUGUUGGCCAGCCGCUGGACACUAUUCGCGUUCGGCUGCAGACGUCCAAGUCCGUGGGCUUCUUUGCGACGCUGAGCCGCACGCUGUCAAACGAAGGAGUGCUCGGGCUGUACCGCGGCCUGGUCCCGCCGCUCGCUGGCAUCGCCGGCGUCAACUGCCUGCUGUUUGGCGUCUACGGCAACGCCAAGAGCUCACUCGCGGCGCUGGCGGGACGGCCGAACGACGCGACGCUGCCUCUGCCGCUCGUGUACCUGGCAGGCGCUUACGGCGGUGCUGCCGCCUGCGUCCUCACGACGCCCAUCGAGCUCAUCAAGUGCAGGCAGCAGGUCGCCACGGGGCGUUCGCUGAGCGCGCUGGAGCACGCCAACCGCAUUGUCGCCUCGGAAGGUGUCUUGGCAUUGUACACGGGUCUGCCAAUCACGCUCAUCCGCGAUGUCCCGAGCUACGGCUUGUACUAUGCCUGUUACGAAUGGUGCGCUCGCUGGCUAGCAAGCCGGAGACAAGCGCCCGCUUCUGUCUCUGCUGCAGCAGCUUCUUCUGCUUCUUCCUCCUCCUCCUUGUCGUCCUCUUCUUUGGCGCUCGGAAAUGCAAAUGUCGACGCCAGCAACAACUACAGCACUCUUAGUGGACAAUUGCCAACGAGCGCGGACACAUCCAGUCAUUGGUAUCGCUUCGUGACCUCCCCGGCUGCAAUCGAUUCGCUUGUGGGCGGCGGUGUCGCCGGCACCGUUGCCUGGGUGUCCAUCUACCCGCUCGACGUCAUUAAAUCGCGACUGCAGGCCCAGAGUGCUCGCCCGCAAGCCCAGCGGCAGUACGCCGGAAUCGCAGAUUGUACCUCCAAGAUCCUCCAGCACGAAGGCUGGCGAGGCUUCACGCGAGGUCUCUCGGCGACUGUCUUUCGCGCCUUCCCUGUUAACGCUGUCACAUUCUUUGUGUACGAAUUGACCAAGCUAGCGACCGAGGGCUAGUUCAAACGAGCCGACUCCCCCAUGACUUGAUGCUUGCUGGAUUUGUUGAUUUUGUGCUUUUGGUACGAUUGCUGUCUGUUCCAACCACCCUACUGCGAUAUAUUGAUACCCUUUGUGAUUUUCUUUGUUUGCUUUGCAUGUGAGUGUGCGAUUGUGUGUGUGUGUGUGUGAUUUGUGCUCGGUUUUGAAUGAAAGUCGAAUGAUUUGGUU